GCGCACGCGCAGCUGAUUAGAAGAAUGGCCGUGUCAAAAAUUAUUCGCUAAAAUCGGUUUGUCAAACGCGCGCGUGCUUCUCCUCUUAUUGCAAUUAAUUAGUGAAUUGUCUGUUGUGAGUGAAUUUGUUGUUAGUGCGAGGAGUUGCAAUGGGAAAUAUUCACACGGUCGGACCAAAUGAGGCUCUUAUAGUAUCAGGGGGUUGCUGCGGAUCCACCAAGCGCGUGACGAUCGUAGGCGGCUGGGCAUGGGCAUGGUGGUUGGUGACCGAUGUCCAGCGGCUGUCCCUCGAGGUGAUGACGCUCAAUCCGCAAUGCGACAGCGUCGAGACGGCCCAGGGCGUCCCCCUCACCGUCACCGGCGUCGCGCAGUGCAAGAUCAUGAAGGCGGACGAGCUGCUCUGCACCGCCUCCGAACAGUUCUUGGGGAAGUCCGUCAAGGAGAUCAAAAUUACGAUACUGCAAACGCUCGAAGGCCACCUGCGGGCCAUUCUAGGAACUCUUACAGUCGAAGAAGUUUACCGAGACCGAGACCAAUUCGCUGCCCUUGUUCGCGAAGUUGCUGCGCCGGAUGUAGGCCGCAUGGGUAUUGAGAUCCUCUCGUUUACGAUCAAGGACGUCUACGAUGAAGUCGAGUACCUCUCCUCCUUGGGCAAGGCGCAGACGGCGAUGGUCAAGCGCGAUGCCGACGCCGGCGUAGCCGAGGCCAACCGCGACGCCGGAAUUAGGGAAGCCGAGUGCCAGAAGCAGGCGAUGGACGUCAAGUACUCGACGGACACGAAGAUCGAGGACAACGCGAGAAUGUUCAAGCUGCAGAAGGCGAACUUCGACCAGGAGAUCAAUACGGCGAAGGCCGAGUCGCAGCUCGCCUACGAGCUGCAGGCGGCGAAGAUUCGGCAGAAGAUACGUAACGAGGAGAUACAGAUCGACGUCGUCGAGAGGAAGAAGCAGAUCGAGGUCGAGGCCCAGGAGGUUAUGCGAAAGGAGCUCGAGCUGAACGCGACCGUGCGACUUCCGGCUGAAGCGGAGAGUUAUCGUCUUCAAAUGAUUGCUGAAGGAAAAAGAACGCAGACGAUCCAAGCCGCGCUCGCCGACAGCGACCGCACGAAGAAGAUCGGCGAGUCCGAAGCCGCCGCGAUCGGAUCCAUCGGUAAGGCAGAGGCCGAACGCAUGCGACAAAAGGCCGCCGUCUACAAGCAGUACGGCGACGCCGCCAUCAUGUCGCUCGUCCUCGAGGCGCUGCCCAAGAUCGCCGCCGAGGUCGCCGCGCCACUCGCCAAGACCGAGGAGAUCGUCCUGGUCGGCGGAUCGGACGGCGCGACCGCCGAAAUUUCGAGGCUCGUCAGUCAGAUACCGCCCGCCGUCAACGCGCUCACCGGCGUCGACCUCUCGAAGGUUCUGAGCAAGAUACCCGGCGCGACGACCAGCAUGCAAACCGCCGCCGUUAAGUAAACUCCAGAACGACGAGCCUCGGCACCAAACCGACCAUCCAUUUUAUUGUUAAAGAGAAAUUUGGUGCCCGCGCUUUUUAAAUUUAUCUCAGCCAUUUAAUGUUCUUUCUUUUAAACCUAAUUCCGUUACAGUCCCUUAGAAGCGUUUAGCAGGGGUGAGGGGGGACAAAAACCACGUAGCACAAACUAGGCAGUCCUAGGUUUCUCUCAGGUGUUUUGAAUCGUGAACCAAAAAAAAAAAUGAAUAGCAUAGUCUUUUUCGGGAUUGUUUUUUAUUUCUUAGGGUAAGUUUUAUUGAACCAAUGUGCGGUUGCCAAAUUUUCCUAUUAGAUCCGUUGAUUAAAACGUGCGCUUCAAUUCGCUAUUACGAAGGACUAUGUGAGAGAUUUUCUUGCCGAAUUUAAACCGGAAUUUCCUAGUUUAAACCUGAAUUUCCAAGUUUAAACCGAAAUUCUUCCGGUCGAAAACCGAAAUUUCGGAAUUCAAACCGAAAUUUCCGAGUUUGAGGCGGAAUUUUCCACGCCUUCGCGCCAAACCGGCUGGCAACUCGCAAACAGUAGGUAGAUACUUCUGCACAAUUCUCAGUUAUAUACAAAUUUGAUUUUAACUUUAGCAAUACCGCGCGAGUAAGUAGAAUUAUUGUUAUUUACUGUAGGUAAAUCGCUUUUGAAAAAGGUGCAUGUGUAAUAUUAGCGUUUAAUAACGCAGACGUACCUUAAAUGGUGCCCUCGCGCACCUCUUAACGUACGUCGGCGCUAGUCUCAAUUUAGGACAGUCAAGAAUUCUAUUUUUUAUUAGGCGCGAAUUGGCUGGCCUAACAUUAUUGACGAAGUAAUUUUUGAUAAAUUCUACAUUUCUGCCACUCUGUGUACUUAUCAUAUAAAUAAUAAUAAGAAUUAUGGUAGUUAGAGGAAUUUUUCAGUCUCGCCUUUGUAAAAUAUACUGCCAUAUUUUUCAUUGUUAAAAUCACAAAAUAGCGUAUAAGGUGGACGACUGAAAAAUUAUUGUCAGCAUCACUGUGGAUUUCUGCCUUUGAGGAUUUAUAUUUCAAAAAGUGUUUAAGAGAAAAUUUAUAUAAAUAUAUUUAUUAAUCGUAGUCCCAUGGUGAUGUUAAAUAUAUAAUAGGUAGAUACUCGGUGAGACGGUAGUUUUAUCCAAAAAUUGUAUGUACCUAUUUUUCUACUCCGCAAGUUCUGUAAAUUAGUUACUGUUUUAAGGGUAGUAAGCGUGUUAGACUUUGUUUUAAUGAGGCAUCCACAAGUAUACGUGCAUUUACCAAUCUCUGCUUUUAUUGAAAGAAUCAAAUAUACUCCAAUUGAUCAUUUUUUUAAAUAUUCGAUAAUGUGCAUAUAUGCUUUGGUUGUAUACUGUGCGUAGGUACACCACGUUAGAUGUGUAAUUGUUCUGAUAAUCACGCCCAAAUAUGGUAUGAGAUUCUA